AUGCUUACCAUAUCUGCAGCAAUUCUUUUUGUUUCUGAAAAAUUAGGAAAUUUUUGGUGUCGAUUGUUCCUCAGGGAAAUGAAAAAGCUCUUGAAAGGAAUAAAACCUUUGAAAAUAACUCUGAAUUUAUUUGAAAAAAUUCAUAUUCAAAAGGAUCGGAUUGAAAUCGAUGAUAUCAUGAAAGUUUGCGUCGGAAAUUAG